AUGUAGUAGGAUAAGUGCAUUGAAAAAUAUUUCUAUAAUACAGGCCAUGUAAUUGGUAAAGGCAACUAUGGUUGUGUUUACAAGGGAGUUGAUUAAAAUACUUAAACUGAUGUUGCCAUUAAAAUUGUUAAAAAGACUAAGUUGGAAGGGGAAUCCUAUUCAUAGAAGGCUUUCAUAAAUGAAAUGAUGAUUCUGAAGAAACUUAGUUCAAAAAAUAUUGUAAAGCUAUUUGAUGUUUGUGAAAGCCAGUCAAACUAUUACUUAAUAUAAGAACUUUGUCAACAGGGGGAUUUGAAGAAGAUAUUGAAGGAAUAACAGCUUAACGAAAAAGAGGCAAUUAAAAUUCUUCGUGAUAUUCUUUCUGGAUACUAAAUUUUAUUAAAGUAUGGGAUAGUACAUAGAGACAUAAAACCAGCUAAUAUAUUGAAUAGCAAUGGAGUGUUUAAACUUGGAGAUUUCGGUUUGGCAACUUAAAUCUCUAAGUAAAAGAUGUUGAAUUAAUGUGUUGGAACACCUUUGUAUAUGAGUCCUUAAGUUUAAUAGCAUAGUAAUUAUACAAGUAAAUGUGAUAUAUGGUCAAUCGGAAUAUUGUUUUACGAAAGCUUAUAUGGCGCAACCCCUUGGUAUCAUGAAACGUCUCAGAAACUUCUAAAAAAAAUUUAUGAGGAAACUCUAGAGUUUCCGACUUAACCAUUUGUGAGUGAUGUCAGCAAAUCAUUUAUUAAGAGUUGUCUUGAAAUAAAUGAAAAAGACAGAAUAGAUUGGGUCGACAUUUACAAUCAUAGUAUAUUUCGAUCAAAUCCAUUUCAAAAAUUAGAUGGUAAUUCUCAAUAAAUAAUCACCAGAAUAAGAAAUAUCAUGAAAAUAAGAAAAUUUAACAUAAAUUAAUUAAUUUAAAAUAUUUUACUUCCAAAAAAGUUAAAUAUUGAUGAUCUCAAUUUACUUUUAUAAUCUAUUGAUAAAUAAUUUACAUUAGAGGAUGCAGAAAUAGUAUUUAAUAAGCUAAAUCAUAACAAUAGAGAUACUAUUCCAUUUGAAUGUGUUUUGUUAUGGUUUAGUUAAAAUGAUAUAAUCUUAGCUUAAGUUUUAGAAUUUUGUAGUCCAUUAUUAACUUAGCAAGAUUAAUCUAAAAUUGAUGAUUUGUUGGAUGAUCUAAUAACUCGAUUAAGAUUAAAUUCGAUUUCAAUUAUUGAAAUAUGUAAAGAGUGCGGAGUUUCAUAAAAUUAGGAAAUCAGCCUAAAUAAAUUCGAGCAAAUAUUGCUAAAAAUUGAUAUAAAGAUGUCAAAGGCUGAUAUCACUCUUUUGUAUAGAAAAAAUAAAUAGGACAAUUAAGGAAUCAUUAGAAGGGAGUCAAUCUACAAAAUGUUUUAUGAAGAAUCUGAAUUAGAUGAUGCAGAUGAUGAUUUUUCGGUUUCCCCAGUACAUCUUCCUUUUUAAGGACCUGGUUUAAAACUGUAAUCGUGUAACAAUAUUGAAAGACUAUCUUGA